CUCGACACGAUUGUACAGAGCAUAAUUGACAGUUCCAUCAUAAAUUCAUCAACGAUAACUGAGAGGCUAUAAUACUCUAUAAUGGCAGAAAUAAUUAAAUAGUAGCCUAAUCUCUUUCUUGGUAUUUUUCGCCAAGUUUCUUCACCACUUUAUUCUCCGCGCAACGCCAAGACUUCACGACUCAUCUACUAUGGACAAAGCACUACAAGCCGGCCUCUCAGCAGGCAUGUCCGCUGUUUCCGGCUUUCACUCCAAGAAGCCGAACUGGGCAGACCCAGAAACAGCUGGCGCCAACGUCCUUCCUACAUCAUACUGUCCCGAACCUAGUUCUCGGGUCGAGUUUCCAAGCCCUCAAAAACCCGUGAAGGCUUCGCAUAUCGCUAUUGGUGCUUGGUCGUGGGGCGACAAGUCGACAUGGCAAUGGGACGAGAAGCAACUUCCUGAUGUCAUCUUGGCUUGGAAGACGCUUUACGAGGCUGGUAUCAACUUUAUUGACACUGCUGAGGCAUACGGCAAUGGAGAGAGUGAGAGGAUAAUCGGAGAACUGGUUAAGAAUAUUCCUCGUGAAAGCAUCGUUAUCCAGACGAAAUACUUCAGCACUCCGCUCAAGGCCGCCAACUUCAUUCAUCCUGUCGAUGCGCCUGUCAAAAGUCUCAAGGCGAGUCUUCAGCGCAUGAACCUCGAAUAUGUGGAUAUUUACCUCGUUCAUGGCCCGAUCCAUCCGCAGAGCAUCCCCCAAAUUGCUGAGGGUAUGGCCCAAUGCGUCGAGCUAGGCCUUGCCCAUUCAAUCGGCGUAGCCAACUACGAUGUCGAAGACGUCCAGAAGAUCAAUGACGAGCUCGCGAAGUUCAACAUCCCUCUUGCUACGAACCAAUGCGAGUACAACAUCCUUAGACGGUACCCCGAACUGACCGGCAACAUCGAGAAGUGCAAAGCCAGCGGCAUGAUCUUCCAAUCAUACUCAUCUCUUGCGCAAGGAAGGUUGACUGGCAAGUACACCAAGGACAAUCCACCACCCAAAUCACACCGUUUCAGCAGCUACAAGAUGGAAGAUCUGGAACCUGUACUUGAGACUCUACAGAGAGUUGCUGAGAGACGGCGCAAGAGUAUUGCCGCUGUUGCGUUGAAUUAUAAUAUUAGCAAGGGAGUCCUCCCUGUUGUUGGAAUUAGGAACGUUGCGCAGGCGAAGUGUGCUAUUGAGGCGCUUGGAUGGAGACUUACGGAUAGUGAGAUGGUUGAGAUUGACAAGGUUAGCAUUGUUGGAGACAAGACUGUCCUUUGGCAGCAGGGGUAGGCAAUUGGAUCCAUGACCUGAUGAUAGUCUGGCGCAGUAAUUUGGGAGUACAGUAUAACGCUUAAUAGAGAUUAAUGGACAUGCGAC